GUUUUAGACCUGCUUUGAUCUCUCCCACCCAGAAUUUAUCACAGAAAAACAUAACCUCAAAAAGAAAUCACAGGAAGAUUACCGCAAGAUAAAGGUAAUUAUGGAAUUACUAACAAAUUUCUCAGCUUGUAUUGGGUGUCGACUAGUAUACUCAGGAAAAAUUACAAAAAAACGUUACUCGAGCAAGAUGUAUUUUAAAAGAUGUACAAAUGGAGAAUGGGAUUUGCUUUCGGCGUUGCAAGGCAUUUCAACAUCGCAAACCAUCGCUGGUUUGCAUUGGGCAGCGAACAUCACUCGCAAAGUGAAAGUGCAGGAAAGAACCUUUACAACUGACCACAACCACAGUUUUUUUUUUCCUUUCUACUUUUUAGCAUGGGAUUGCAGUCAUUUCUGUUCAAACUGUUAUCUCUGAAAAUGUGUUAAUUAAAGAGGAUACGGUGGAACAACAGUUUCAUCAGCAAUUAAAAGAUUAAAUUUUAUUAUAUAAACACCAAUGAAAUACCAGGUGAGCUUUUGCGCGAAAACUUGGUAUCUUCACAUGUGAAAAUAACAUGUUUUCUUCACAUGUGAAAAUAUCACCGUUGCAAUGGCUACAUAAUAAAUCGCGCAUUUCACACCAAAAGAUUGUUAAAGUGAAAUGGUUUGGUAGUUCAUUGGUGUUUAUAUAAAAAAUAGAAUAUUACAUGGCCGCUUGGAGAUACGAAAUUUCUCUUCUCGUGUUGAAAAAAUAUUUCACGAGUGAGCGCAGCGAACGAGUGAAAUAUUUUUCAACACUCGAAGCGAAAUUUCCGCGCGGCCAUGUAAUAUCCUCUAUAUAAUAAGCUGAAGGUUGAGUCGAUGUUUGAAGUCUACUUGUUGCUCAAGUUACAACUAACCACAACCACUUGCUAUAUUUCAUUUUUACUUUCUUCUUGUCAGCAUGAAACUUCAAUCCUUUUUGGUCAGCCUGCUAGUGCUGAGUAUGUUUUACAGCCAGUGCCUCUCGGCUUCAAGUUGUAAGAUGGCCAAUUGGUGGGGAACAUUUGACCAUCAAGGUUGGUCUACCUGUGACUCUUCGACCGAAUACAUCAAGGGCCUGUGGAGGAACCAUAAUUAUGGUGAUCAUGAGAUCUCCCUACUAGAAGAAGCAAAGUGUUGUUCAGCUCCCACCCCAGAAGAGAACACGCCAUCAAUUUGUCAAGACACCGACUGGAGUAGCGUCCUCGAUGGGUGAGUAUUUAAGAGUUAAAGAAGCUUUAUAGGGCUUCCUUUGACCACACAAACCCCAAGUCAACGUUUGUGUACGUCCUCACAACGUUAGCUUACUUAUCACGUCAUUUGAAAUGCAGCUAGAAAACUUUUAAAAACUUCAUCGUCGAAAGAGAAAUGUAGUUACCUAAGGUUAAGCCGGACUCAAAUUUGCGAUUAUCAAGUUAUAACCUGCUCUGAGCUUUAGAGGGAACUACCAAAACAGCAGAGCGAACGCAGCCAAGUCCCCACUUGGGCCUCCCGGUGGCCAUGCUUUUACCCUGCACCUUUGAUAUCAUUUUAACGGAUAUCGCAAACGUUUUCGAAAUAAUAAAGGUGAGUGGUAGCUGGUUUUGAGGAAUUAGCCGGGUGAUUUGAGCCAAUCGGAAACGGAGAAAUGUUUUCAAUGAAUACAAAUUAAAUAAGGCGGAUAACCAAGUAAACUCGUCCGACUGUUCAAUCCUGUGCUAUGGUUUGUGCUUAGGCACGUGUUUAAGGUAUUCGACAAAAUACUGCGCUUGAAUUUUGUCUUUGUAUUACAGAACCCACGUGUGGGCCGUCUGUCCAGAUGGUUAUUUUCUUCAAGGUCUUUGGCGAGACGAGGGUAAAGGCUUGGUGUCUCAAAUUGAUAAGGCUAGGUGCUGUAAACUGAACACAAUUAUUGACGAGUAUGAUAACUGCUACAACGAGAAUAUCUGGGGGUCAUUUGAUCACUAUGGACUCAGUGAGUGUAAGAAAGACGGUUACUAUGUGGCCGGAAUCUACAAAUCAAACUGCGACAAAAUAUACUGUAUUGAGGAGCUCAAAUGUUGUAGUAUGUUAGUUGGUAAGUAUAAAUGAUCCGAAAACAUUUUAUUUAAAUUUUGUACAGUUUGUAGCAAAAGAACUUUUCUUUAAUUUUUGUAUAGUUUGAGCUUGAAAUUAGAAAUUUCAUAAACCUAUUUUAGUGACGCUAUCUAUUGUGGCGUCAUAUUUUAAUGUCACAUUUAUUUGUAAGCAAUCGCAACCUCCCUCCCAGGCUGUAAAGGGAAGAAAAGAAGAAGAAGCCAGGGAACGAGGUUGAAACAUUCGAAAAUAAGAUAAGAAGAAAUAAGUAAAUUCUAAAUAGAUAAACAUAAGAUUAUCCUAAAUGACUACUUCGAGGAAAUUUUAAGGGUGUUGUCCCCACCGUGAAUUGUCACCAGCAUGCAACUUCACCGGCCCAUGCACUUACCUUUGCAUGAUAAAGAAACACAUAAAAUAGUCAUAAAAUGAUCAAUACCGCCAAUAAUAUCAUUAUAUUUAGUUUGUUUUGAAUGAAUGAAUAAUAAUAAUAAUAAUAAUAAUGAUAAUAAUAAUAAUAAUAAUAAUAAUAAUAGUAAUAAGAAGAUUAUCGUCGAUUGAAUACCCUCUUCCAAAAAACAAGUUAUUUUCAGAAUACUGCUUCUUAAUGUUUCAAUAACUAUUUCAAUUUAAUGAAAAUGAUUUACCGUAUUGAUAAUGGUGAUGUAAUAACUCUGUACGAGUUAUUUCAUUAAUGCUGCUUUCUUUCUUUUAGGUUGUUGAUCUUUCAUCCGUCCUUAUACGCUUCAACAGGUUAAAAACUGCAGAGGCCUAAACAGAGGAACCUUUAUUAAUUUAAGUUUAGAUACACUAAAAGUGCACGUAUGAAAAGGUGGC